UUACAGCUUAAUAAUACUAAUUACAAUACUGAUCCUCAGAUCAAUCAGCAAUGCUCUCAGCUGGACCAUGCCAUUGAGUACAUGAAGUCACUCCAGCAACAAAUCCAGGUGCUAUCCACCGGCGGGUACGGCAUGCAGCCGCUGCUGUUUCCGUGCGUCUGCAGCCAGCAGCCUCCUCGUCCUGCUGUAAUUCCGGCGGGGACGGUGCCGCCCCUCUACCCAGCGGUGCCACCACCACCAGCCACCGCGGCGCCGCCUCUGUACCAACCACUGCAACCACCGCGGCCUGCAGCAGCCGCAGCUGACCUGAACCCGAAUACGGUGGCAGCCGGAGGAGCGCCGGGCAGCGUGCCCGGAAUGAUUGGCAUCGGCACCGGCUUGGGAGAAGAGAUGGCGUGGAGCACGUCAGAACUGCCGUUUGGUGGCUGCGCGCGCUGCAGGUUUCGUCGUCGUGCAGGAGAUUGCUAGCACUGUUGGGAACUUAAUCGGGACUUCCGGCAACCCGCGGCUACUAUUAUGUUGUUGUGAAGGCUUUUUCUAUACUCCCCCCACCCUUCACAAGAUUUUGUUAAGUUCCAAGUUUUAAG